GCUCGGAGAGAAGGAGUAGAAGAUGCACUCGACGUGAUUGCAAACUGGGAAAUUGUUUUGAUUGAAAGAGACUCCAAUAGCAUAACGCAUAAUAUCAUUUCUUCGCCAUGCCAUUGGUUCGCAAUCCCAUCCUGCCGGGAUUUAAUGCCGACCCUUCUAUAGUGAGGGUUGGUGCGGAUUACUAUAUUGCUACAUCGACAUUUGAGUGGUAUCCCGGUGUGCAGAUACACCAUUCCAAGGAUUUGGCGAACUGGGAGCUCGUAGUGCGUCCCUUGACCCGCCGAAACCAGAUCGAUUUGCGCGGCGAGCCAGAUAGCUGCGGAGUUUGGGCUCCCUGCUUGACGCAUGAUGGCGAUAAGUUUUGGCUUGUCUAUACCGAUGUGAAGCGCAAGGAUGGCUCGUUCAAAGAUACGCACAAUUAUAUCGUAACGGCGCCUACGAUUGAAGGUCCCUGGUCUGAUCCUAUCUACGCCAAUUCAUCUGGGUUCGACCCCUCCCUCUUUCACGAUGGAGACGGCCGCAAAUGGUUUGUCAACAUGACCUGGGACCAUCGAGCAAGACCGAAUACCUUUUCAGGGAUUGCGCUACAAGAGUUCGAUCCGAUCAAGCGCAAGCUGGUUGGCCCUCGAAAGAUUAUUUUCCACGGUACUGAUUUGGGACUGGUAGAAGGACCGCAUCUAUAUAAGCGAAAUGGAUGGUACUAUCUCUUGACGGCUGAAGGGGGCACUGGAUACGAGCAUGCUGCGACACUUGCCCGAUCAAAAUCUAUUUGGGGUCCUUAUGAACUUCACCCACAAAAUCACAUCAUAUCUUCCAAGGACACUCCAUUUGCGGCUCUACAAAGAGCUGGCCAUGCCGACCUUGUAGAAACACCAGAUGGGAAAUCAUAUCUGGUGCAUCUUGCCGGUCGGCCAAUUGGACAGAAACGAAGAUGCGUGUUGGGGCGAGAGACGGCCAUACAAGAAGCAUACUGGGGCGACGAUGAUUGGUUGUACGUUAAGAAUGGUCCAGUUCCAUCAUUGGUGGUUGAUGUGCCAGGAGUGCGUGAUGAAAACGUCUACUGGGAGGAAAAACGUUAUACAUUCAAAGAUGGGCUUCACAAAGAUUUCCAAUGGUUGCGCACGCCAGAGCCAGAACGCAUAUUCGGCAUCGAAGACGGCAAGCUUGUGCUUACAGGAAGAGAAUCCAUCGGCUCUUGGUUUGAACAGUCACUCGUAGCUCGAAGACAGACGCAUUUCUCUUUCGAUGCUGAAACAGUCAUUGAAUUUUUACCCGAGGAUGAACGUCAAUUCGCCGGCUUGACGUUGUACUACUGUCGAUACAAUUUCUUCUAUCUCGUUGUGACAUCACACUCGGACGGUCAGCGUGAGCUCCAGAUUAUGAGAUCAGAGGCAUCCUGGCCAGAGGGCAAGCUCACAGAUCGCGGCUCGAGCGCCUAUGCCAUAGCCCUUCCUCAGGAAGGCAAGAUCAAGCUUGCGGCCACCAUUCGUGGGAGCAAAUUACAGUUCUACUAUGCCGUCCUCGUGGACAAGGGCGAGCAGGAAGCGCUAAAAAGCUUUGGGCCUGUUUUAGAUGCCUCAAUUGUCUCAGACGAGUGUGGUGGCCAUCAGGCACAUGGCAGCUUCACGGGAUCUUUCGUCGGCGUGGCCUGUUCGGACUUGAAUGGAACGGAGAAGAAAGCCACGUUUGACUAUUUCUUGUAUCGUCCUGCGAACGAUGAAACAGACCGGUAUAGCAUAUAGAAAAAAGAAAAUCCUAUGGGCUUCCUCAGCAAGGGGAAGCCUCCAGCUUAUCUACUAUUUAAUUAUUUCGAUAGUGGCAUAGUAGAUUAGUAUACAUGGAUCCUUCGACUGUUCUCCCACUUAGCCCGAUCUAUUUUAAUCAGAGUGAACAGAUUAUUCCAACUUACGCAUUCCUUCUUUUCUGGUAAAGCAGAAGAAAUCGGAAUGUUGGCUGAGAUGAAAAUAGGAUUGCAUGCAGGGCUAGAGGAUCAGCGCCUAACUAUUAAUAUCUUGCACCAAGUGCCGAAAGCCAUGUUAGUUCACCAGCAUAAGGACUGGAUUCUUCCAUUUCUUAAAAUAAGCGCGAAUGCCAAG